UAUGCAUCAUUGCCAAUAGACACAGUAGACACUUAUGAAAUCAGUGUCGCUGUGUUCUAGUUAUAUGAAGGCUAUAACUACUCAAACAUGAGUAGAAACGUAACUGCCUCUCUGUCUGGUAUGAAGUCGAUGUGUUUGGCAGAUCCUCCUGCAGCCGUGGAGCGGAAUCGAUGCUCAGUCGAUCCACCGAUUUUAUGGCUAAAUAAAAAAAGGCAUGCAGACUCUGUUGUGUUGAUGAAGCAGACAGACACACUCAAAGCGCACCUGGGCUCGUCCCAUCGGGGAGACUCACGUCCAGAGGGCGGCAGCAGCGCGCGCUCCUCCCGCUGCAACAGCGAGCUGAAUAUCAUCAAACACUCAUCAAACAACACAUUAGACAUUAACUAACACUAAAACGACCAAAAGCUGCACGUUGUAUUGGUCUGUUUGGUCCUUUUAGACUUCAUGUAUGUCAGGAGUGUAUAUGUCAUUAAAGCUCGUUGGAUUGAUUUUACACACGAAUAAUAAGCUUUAAUACGGUACAGAUGGCCUCUUCCUUAGAUUUAUCUUUCUCAAUGUGACGCUUCAGAAGUUGACUCGGAUUGAGAGGUUUUUUUUUGGGGCCCAACUCUUUCAGUUUCCCAACCUCGUAUUCUCAACUCUACAAUUUGUCAACUUUUUUUCUUCUUUUUCCUCCUUUCUGGGGAAACAUGUUAACUUUCCUCCUUUUGUGUGCAUGCGUGCGUGUGCGCAUGUGCGUGCGUGUGCGCCAUGGGCUCUACUUGAUCUGUUGUUUGCGCAACACAAUCACAUUUCUUUUAAGCGACAGGGUGUCUAGACACACACGUGACCGGGCGCGUCAAUGCGCACUGGAGACUGGAGACCGAGCAAGGGCACCCGAGCCAUCCGCCUCGUUCGCAGACAGAGAGCCGUCCACCCCCCUCGAGAUCACUCGUCGGCUCGCUCUCUUGCACACACACACACACACACACACACACACACACACACACGGACACGGACACGACUUCGUGUGAGAUACCAGUUUGGGAUUAUUUCAUCCGAGAGGAUUCGACUCUCCUGAAAUAGGUCUCGAAUCCCGGCGCGCGGACGUAACCCGAGGGUCUCUCUCGCUUUUCUGUCAAGCCGUUCCAACGCGACUCUACCCCCCUCCGGGGUGAGAGAACCAGCCUUUGGACGAGGCGCACACCGCCAUCCUCUGCAGUCGAGUGGCGUAUUUAGACGAUCACGCAGAAAGACGUUUAUUAUUAAUAUUAUUAUUUUUUUAACGGGCUGCGAGAGCCUGCCGGAGAGCUCUGCUCCGUGCAGUCGGAUCGAGGAUUUUGUGGAUUAAUGCUCCUGGAGACACAGCGGCGAGCUUCGCUUUUUUCUUCUUCAUGGUGAUAACUGUGGCAGCGCGGAGGCUUCAUCAGGCCCCGGGUCGUCUCGGCUCCACCGCGGAGAGAGUUCUCACAGACAGAGCCAUGUUUGACACGGUUUUCUGCUGAGGAUCGGAACUUGUUCCAAAGGGGGUCAGCGCGCAGCCCCUCCAGGCUGCGCAUCGCCACGGGAAUAAGUGUCACACAUUCGGGCUCCGCGCCGCCGCCGCCGAGCUGCAUCAGCUGCUCGAUUCAUUCGUACAGGCUCGUGUUCACCGCCUGGAUAUGAUGGUUGUUCAUCCCCCGAGGAAGAGCUGACUGUCCCGGGAACCUCGACUGCUUUUCGGGGAUCCAGCCUGCAGGAGGAGGCAACAGAGACUGGCGCAUGCUACAGAUUUCCUCUGUUUAUCCAGCUCCCAGUUCUUCCACCGUAUUUUCUCAGGCUGCUUGUCAUUGCCUGGACUCGGAUCCCGGAAUCUUCAUGAUUUGCGGACACCAUGCUCGUUUUUUAGCCGGGGAACCCUCUUUUCGUCCCGCAUGUUUAGGACCAAACGAUCGGGGCUCGUCCGGCGACUCUGGAGGAGCCGUGCGCCUGUGGAGGGCGACGGGGAGACGGAUAGAGGGACGCAUGGCUCCGGGGGCUGCUGCAUGGGCAAAACGACAAAGGUGGCCAAGUCCAUCGCCGGGUCGGAGGCUGAACUGAAGGCUCUGACCCACUCCACCCUGAAGAAGAUCAAAGAGAAACAAUUAGAGGUGCUUUUGCAGGCGGUGGAGUCCAAGGGGGGCGUCCGGAGCCCCUGCUUGCUCCUGCCCAGCAAAGCGGACGCCAAAGUGGGUCAACAGUCUUACUCUCUCCCCAUGCUGCUCUACAAAGUGUUCAGGUGGCCGGACCUCAGGCAUUCCUCGGAGCUGAAGAGGCUGUCUUGCUGUGAAUCCUUCGGGAAAAUCAACCCAGAGCUCGUUUGCUGCAACCCGCACCACAUGAGCAGACUUUGUGAACUCGAGUCUCCUCCUCCUCCAUAUUCGCGCUAUCCCAUGGACUACCUUAAACCACCAGAUUCUCCAGCCUCUGGCCCGUCGUCCGGUGAUCCUGGGGGUCCGACUCACUCGGCCCCUGUGGGGCUUUCAGAUUCCCUGGCGUUGCAGGAGUGUGGCGACCGGGCCCAUUGGUGCGUGGUGGCGUACUGGGAGGAGAAGACCCGCGUGGGGCGCCUCUACUCGCUCCAGGAGCCCUCUCUGGACAUCUUCUACGAUCUACCUCAGGGGAACGGCUUCUGCCUGGGCCAGCUGUGCUCCGACAACAAGUCCCAGCUGGUGCAGAUGGUGCGGGCCAAGAUCGGCCACGGCGUCCAGCUGACGCGCGAGCCGGACGGGGUGUGGGUCUACAACCGCAGCCGCUACCCCAUCUUCAUCAAGUCGGCCACACUGGACAACCCGGACUCGCGCACGCUGCUGGUGCACAAGGUGUUCCCCGGUUUCUCCAUCAAAGCUUUUGACUGCGACAAAGCCGGCAGCCUGCGGAGGCCCAACGACCACGAGUUCACGCAGCAGCCCCGCACGGGCUUCACGGUGCAGAUAAGCUUCGUGAAAGGCUGGGGGCAGUGCUACACCAGACAGUUCAUCAGCAGCUGCCCCUGCUGGCUGGAAGUCAUCUUCAACACCCGAUAGCGGCAGCUUUCCUCUUCUUCGCCCUCACAAACAGACUACGCCCACGUUUCCGUUUUUUGUUUCAGUGAGGUCCAAACGGAGAGGAAAAAAAGUUUUAAAAGAAGAAGAAGAAGAAAGUAUACAAUUCUGAUGGACUUUGUUUCAUAAAUGACUACGAUUUAAUUAAAUAAAAUAAGAAGCGAAAAUGUAUUUUAUGUUAUAUAUAAAUAUAUUAUUAAUUGUAAAUAUGAAGACGUUUUAUAUGCAUCAUUAUUUAUGUAUUGUGCAAUGUGUUGAUGAGAAAAAGAAAAUAAGAUGCACUUUGCUUAAUAUAAAUGCAAAACAAAGAAAUGCCAAAAUAAAUAAAAAAAUACAAAUAACA